AUGGCUUGCCUCGUGGCAACGGCGAAAGCGGAUGGUUGGGAUGACUUUGCCAAUAAUUUGGCUACAGACCUUGCGCCGAUUCUUGCCUUGUUUGGCGAGCAGGCCACGAAGCAAUUUCUCAGCGAGUCAACCACAAGAUUGGACAACUUCAUCUUUGCAAUGGCACCGCUGGGAAUCCUCACGGCUGUUGUAUCUGCAAUCCGCGUAUGCGGCGGACCAUCUUUGCGCGCCUUUAUAGGUCGAGCGCAAGAAGGAGGAGGGAUUGCUGAGGCGGAGCUCUGCUCAUCUACGAGUCGGGAUGUCUGCGAACUGUAUCACAACGGCGCCAUCGUUCGUGUAUUUGGACGCCCAAAGAUCCUGGAGAUUGUGCACGAUCGCGAGGCACCUUGCUCUUUUGACACCAAUAGCAAGACCGUGCCCGAUUGUGGCAUUUAUCCAUUUCAAGAAUACAUCAAAACGCAGCGAGCCAAAGACGCGGGCUGGAAGGAACUCGGAGAGCCAAAUUGGAGCGUUGAAGGUCAACCAUUGAAGGUUGAUAAGAAGGAUGAUGUGUUCGCACCCAACCCAAACCUGUCCUUCAACAUAGGGAUACGGGAGCAGCCCAGAUGGGUCGUUAGAUUGGCAGCUACCGCUGGUUUCUUGAUUCAAGCAUCCGUUGUCGUUUUUGGUUUUCUCGUCACGUACACAUGGGGUUGGACAAAAGAGGAUGCCGCCCCCUCGAGUUGGGCAUUUCCUCUGAUGGUAGCGGGAACUUUCCUUUUGAACAGCGGCAUGUUCCAUUGUGCUUACUUGGUGGAGAGCAGCACCCAGGAGAGAAUCUUCCAAAGAGCUCCGGGAAAUAAGAAGAAAGGGCCGCGAUUCCAUGUGAUACAGCCUGGAAAUCAGACCAUCGGUGAUCAAACGUUCGACGCGUUUUCGUUUACCGAUGCUCAUGAUUCACACCGAUUGAACAAAUACACAACGUCCUGGAAGAUUAACGAGGAGGCGAAACUCGGAGUUUGGCUCGCUACCGGAAGCAGCAUUUGCGGAUUUGUUCUUCAAUUUGUCGGGUUGAGAUCAAUGCACUCCGCUGUCUCCGUAUUACAGCUUGGAGCAAUCCUAUUCAUGACCAUUGUUCGUGCGGGGCUAAGGACGCAACGGUUAGGCAAGGAUCAAAAUCUCCUCCGCAGCCGCCCUGACGAGGUUGAAGGUCACGAGCUGGACUGGCUAGCCCUGGAAAUGGCCAAAGACGACCAAGAAAAGAAGAAUGAUGAGAGGAAAUUUUGGUCCGUGAUUGCAACUCGGCCAAAAUCUAGUUCUCCGUCAGCAAACCAUGAGUCUGAGCCGCCUUCUCACCAGAUGAGCAGCAAUAUAGCUGCAGAGAAGCAUCAAGCCGAAAAGGUAUUCCUUUACCGAUCACGGCUUGCGGAAUUAACAAGUCACUCAACGCGCAAGAAGUCAAAGGUAUCAAGUGCGUGGGACGAUUCCAUGGUACAUGUACGGCAACAAGCUCGGCAACUCAAGAAGGCCAUCGAAUCCAGUGCUAAAGUCCUCUUUACUCAUUCAAGAUUCGAACCUGAGUGGGAAAGCAACAAGACGAUUACUUGGGCCUUCGACGUGGCAGAAACUAGUCUGUCCAAUUCCGGGCCGAAUAAGAAAGACACAUCUACGAUUCGUCUAACUCUGCACAAGGUGGAUGAUGGAAAGCAGUCUAAUGUGUGGGAGAUCAACCAAAAAUAUCUCGAGGCUGUGGUUGGCCUGUGGGCCUGGUCAAUGAUAUCAGACCCUGAAACGGAGGAGGAGGAAAAAGAACUUCGAAUCUCGACAGCAUCAGAAGUCCCAAUGUCCAGGAUCAUGGCAUUUGGCGUUAGUCAAGAAGACACAGAACGUGCGAAAACAGACCUGGAACUUUGGAUGGAAGACUUUCCCUCGACCACAUCAACCAUGAAAUGGAUGAAACCUCCGGGCCUCACGGACAAAAGCCCCAACACUAUAUGGAAGAGAGAUGUUGACGAGAUGGUUCAUAAUCUGAAGUUGGAAGCUGAUCAUUGCUUGGAUCGAGUCCGGCUGUACGGGUGGCAGAUACCCUCUAUACCAGCCGAAAUGCAUGCCUUGACUACCACUGUCAACGGCUCCUUACCUGAUAUGUGUGCUCGCGAUGUCUAUCAAUCGUUUCUGCGCACAAUCACAGAAGGACUUACCUCUGUGGAAGGGCAGUCAAAACCCUCCAUGGGGAGCAAAGAUUACUAUUUCACGAAUGAUGUGCUUUCACGUCUCGCAGAAUGCUUCAAAGAAAGCGGGCUUGGUUCGAUAAGAGAUGCCUACUCCAUUAUCGUCCCGGUUCUGAGGUCAAAGUUGCCCUUGCCUGUUGAUGUGCUACCGACCGCUUAUAGCCAAGCUGAAAGUUGUCGGAAAGAAGGAGACUUUCAAAAAGCGGAGGCGAUUCUGAGGUGGGGAUGGGAUACUGCAUUGAAAACAACCGACGACCUGAACAAUGAUGCACUGGAUGCUUGCAUGUUGGAAUUUGGUGAGCUCUACCGAUAUGCGCUCUUCUCGAAUGACAGUUCUCAACAUGGCCUUGGCUUUGAUGGAAUCUCUUGGAUGCAGAAGGAAGUGCAGAAGUCGCCAGAGAAGAGCUCAAUCGCUGCUGUUGCAAAUCGAUAUUUUCAUCUGGCAGAUAUGGCAAGGAGAGACUCUACGCCCCAAUGCAGUGCAGAUGACGUUGUCGCCGCAGCUUCCAAGAAUGAUCGACCCAGCUGUCUUUGGUUGAUUAGCCGAGUCAUGGGACUGUCCUCUACUUCUAUUGACCGUACAGCUCUUUCUUGGGCAGCUCAGCGAGGAUGGUCGGAAAUUGUCAAAGCAGCUAUAGAGAUCGGUUCCGUAAUUGAUUCAGAAGAUGGAUCAAGACGGACACCCUUGAGCUAUGCUGCAGAGCAUGGGCACGCCGAUGUUGUCGAGAUAUUGGUGAGAAGCGGGGCAGUACCUAACUUGGAGGAUGCAACCCAUCGAACACCUCUUUCUUACGCUGUUGCAGGAGGUCAUAUCCCCGUUGUGGAACUUCUGCUAAAGGAUCGCCGUGUUUCCAUAUUUACACGAGACAAAUACGACAACUCCCUUCUGCAUUGGGCAGCGACAAAUGGACACAACGAUAUCGUCGAUUUCUUACUCAAACGCGAGGUUGAGGAUCAACUAAACCAACCUAAUGUACACCGGAAUACGCCCUUGGCCCUAGCACUUUCGAACAGCCAUACGUCCACAGCAGAUCUUCUCGUGGGGAGGGGACCAAAUGUGGACGGCAUCAUGAUACAUGAUGCGGAGGCACUGGAAUGGACAAUCAAAAAUGGUGAAUGGGCGUCUGCUGCAUGGUUGCUCAGGCUUUCCAGUAAUGAGGAUAAGGCAGUUAUCAUCGGACUCUUCGAAAAGCAAGAUCCAAAAGAACCAAUCCCAUAUGGCAUGCCUGACACACGAUCGCCAGUCAUUUCACUGGAGGUGAAAGCAUUGGUAGACGCAUUGUCUGUUGACGCAAACAGAGAAAUCACCAUGGAAAUAAUACAAGAUUUUCUGGUUGGGAAAUAUUUUGUCCAAGCGAAGAUUUGGAAACAAGAAGGCACGAGUCAAGAAAUCCUUUCUUCUGAGGGAAACAAGGUUGUUGAAUUGCUGCUAAGCCUGGUCAGAAAGCAAGAUGUGGUGACAGUGGAGGUUCUCAAGGCGGCGGCAGGAUAUGAAUACUCUGGUGAAGAGGUGGUGAAGCUUCUUUUGGAUCACCGCGGCCAAGAAAUCACAAUAACCGAGGAAAUCGUUAGAAUCGCAGCAGCAAACGAAGGGUGGUUGGCUGAAAAUGUACUGAUUCUGCUUUUGGAUGAGCGUGGCCAAGAGAUCACGAUAACCGAGGAUAUCGUCAAGGCCGCAGCAGAAAAUCAGGGGGAUUCGACCACAGAGAUAAUGAAUCUGCUCUUCAAUGAGCGUGGCGAGGAGAUCACCAUAACUGAGGAAAUCGUCAAAGCCGCAGCAGCCAACAGGGCACAUAGUGAAAAGGUAUUUAAUCUGCUUUUGAAUCGGCGUGGCCAGGAGAUUGUGAUAACGGGGGAAAUUCUUAAGGCCGCAGUAUCAAACGAAGGAUGGUCUGCUGUGGAGGUAAUGAAACUUCUUUUGGAUCAGCGUGGGCACGAAUUUACAGUCACGGAGGAAGUUGUCAAAGCUGUGGCAGGAAAUCAAAGGUCUGGUGAAGAUAUGAUGAAGCUACUACUGGAUCAGUGUGGCCACGAAUUCACGGUAACGGAAGAAAUCGUAAAAAUAGUGGCAGGAAAUGGAGUCUCUGGUGGAAAGGUAAUGAAGCUACUACUGGAUCGGCGUGGCCACGAAUUUACGGUAACGGAAGAAAUCGUAAAAAUAGUGGCAGGAAAUGCAGUGUCUGGUGGAGAGGUAAUGAAGCUAUUACUGGAUCAGCGUGGCCACGAAUUCAUGGUAACGGAGGAGAUCGUUAAAGCCGCAGCAGAAAACGAAGAUAUGUAUGGUGAAGGUGAAACCAUGAUGGAUAUGUUUUUGGAUCAGCGUGGCCACGAAUUCACGGUAACUGAGGAAGUACUCAAAGCCGUGGCAGGAAAUAGAUGGUCUCCUACAAAGAUGAUAGGAUUACUUCUGGAUGGACGAGCGCACAUUCAACUGACGGAAGGGAUGAAGGAAAUUAUAAGGGAUGAAGGGUAUUACCUAUAG